GGCAGUCCAAACAGAUGUCGAGUGCCCUCGCCCUAAGCCAUCCCUUCUGCUCCACUUUAUGACAAUGACAAUCUGGUGCCUUUGCUGUUCUCCACCAACGGCAGCCCUCCGCUCAGGGCAUUUUGCGGAUGCAAUCUUGAGGGAGAUCAACAAAGAGAGACUCACGUCUGCGAUGACACCUUUGCAGGCCUCCUCGAGCGGAGCAUGCUAUGCAUUGUGCGUUGCGCAGGCGAUAGAGGGCAGGCUGUGCUCGAUUACGAUAAUUUCGUCAGCCAUUGACUUGAUUGCGGACGACUGUAUGACCACAUGCAGUUUUCCGAACGAGGGAGUUGUUGGGGUUUUUGGCUGCCGCGAAUUCGGAUGGGGAUCUAAGGAGGAGCUAAUUCAGCAAUGGAUGAAUGACAGUGCCACGAAGAGCAAAUUACUGGACCCGUCUUUGAAAGCGGCCACAGUUGCGGGGGUCGAUGGCGCAUGGGUGGCUGUUCUUUCCCCAUCGACAGGGGACUUGAUGGGAGGGGUGCUGCUCAACCCCCAGGUCCACCACGACGGAUGCUUCACAGGUUCCUGGUACGAUUGCAAUGGCAUGACAUCCCACCAACAAGGGCGGGGGACUGCUGCUGAUUCGCUAUUGUGGUGUGGUCCCCACUUAUGUCAACACCUGCUCAACCUUCUUGCCGGUCUUUUCACUGCCCAUAUGUGGGUCUUAGGGUUUCUAUUAGUAGUCGUCUACCGGCUGGCGAUGGAGGUUGCUUUCAUGGUGUCAUAGCUGUGGACAGUGUGGAGCAAGAAGGGAAUUGGUGAUUUGCUGCCCAUCACUUCGAUGGUGUUUGAUUAAUAAGUUAGUGACAGUCAGUCAUGGUCCCAUGGAUGGACCCAAAAAAAAAAUAAAUCCAUUUUUGGAUUGUCAAUGAUGGGGCUUUGGAGUUCUUACAGUGUGGCACUAAGUUCACCACCAAGAUUUGGCAAUCUACAAAAAAAAAAAAAAAAAAAAAAAAGGGCACUUCUGAAGUUCGGAUCGAGGAUCAUCAAUUAUUGGUGAUCCAUCAAGAGGUACUUUAUGAUCAUUAUGGGAAAAAAAAAAAGAAAAAAAAGAAAAGAAAAAAAAGCAAAUCACCAUUGAUCAGUUAGUGAUUCAUCUGCCAAUCAUCGGUUCGACGGUUACCCAUUAAUUGGUUUUAUUUUUUUUUUCCGAAUUUGCGAUUAGUUAGUAAUCUGAUUGGAGAUUGGGAUGUAGCAUUACGAUGACCAAUCAGAAACACGAGAUCGGGAGCAGCAUUUGUCUUAUCUCAAGUUCCUAAUACUUCCUAUUCCGACAUGGACACUCGGUGCCAUGUGGAAACAGCAAAGGUGCCAUGUGGAAAUGGCAAAGGCAGGAAUGCAAGGGUAGGAGAGUGAAGUGGGAGGAAGAAGGGGGGACAGGAGAGGG